GAGACCGGAACGGCCAUUUUUGUUGAGCGUUUGGUUGUUCCCGAUUUUAAUCCACAUAAUCACUCAUUUUGAUAAGUUAUCUGAAACCAUCCGACCAACUAGGCCAUAGUAUAGAUUUCAUUGAACUAACCGGUUUUAUCAUUUCACCACGAAAUUGCCUGCUGUGAUUGUAGGAUCGUCUGAAACCAUCCAUUGUCCACAGCAAAGUUCAAGAUGGCUUGCGCUACGCUCAAACGAAGUCAUGAAUUCGACCCACUUCACAGCCCAUCCUCACGAUCUCCCAAACGAAGAAGAUGUAUGCCCAUGACAAUGUCACCGUCAACUCCACCUACGAAGACUCACCAUGUCAAACCAUCGCCAUUCAGUGAUGUUUGUCCAAAUUUCAAGCCAGAACACAUUGCCGCUAGUCUUUCAGCUGAAAUCAAACGAAUGCAGAGAAGGAAGCAACUCCACUUUCCAGGUGAAGCCUCCUCAAGUCAGGGACCGUCAUGUAGCAACCUUGUUGAACAAUCAGAAAGUGCAAGCGAAAUCAGUGAUAACAGUGACACUAAUAUGGAAAGCAGUUCUUCAAGCUUUUUCAAUGCAUUGUCUCCAAGUAAACGCGAUGCACCUUUAUUCACCUUUCGUCAGGUUAGCAUGUUCUGUGAACGAAUGCUGAAGGAACGUGAGGAACAAAUAAGGGAAGAUUAUGAUAAAGUAUUGACGUGCAAACUUGCUGAACAAUACGAGGCUUUCUUAAAGUUCAAUCAUGAUCAGAUCCAGCGACGAUUUCAAGAAUCCCCACUUAGCUAUGUAUCAUAAUCUCCCUGAAGCUAGUUUGCGCAUAAUUCAUGAAUUCAUUUGUAAGUUUCGCCUAAAAUACUUGAUGUGGAUUUGUAAACAAAAACCCGAUUCGUUGAAGGAUCGGACAUGAACUCUAGAGACAAUGCAAUUAGAUUUUAUAAAGACAAUGUUGUGUAGAGGAGAUGAAUUCUAAGCUAAGGAGGAUUUGUUUCAAUCGACUGAGGUGAAAUCUUUAUUUAUUAAAAAAACUUGACAGUGUGGAAAUACGUUCUCAUAGAGAUGGAUCAUUACAGCGAUGGAGAGCUUUCCAAAAAACUUAAUGUUGAAGAAUGAUAUAUUGAAGAAUAAAAUUAUUAUAAUUAGAAAUACUACAUGUUACUAACUGCAUGUUUUGUUACUCAUUUGUACUGGCAUAUAACCUGGUUGACCAUUUCCAACUUGUGUCAUUGGGGAAGGUUGAUGGCUAUUCAUCUUCUAAACUCUAUGCUUUAUUUGGCUAUGAAUUUCAUUUUACUGCCAGCCAGGUUGGGAAUCGUUUUCUCCAUUGAUCAGUGGUGUGGUCUUGAUGAAAAUCCCAUCAAAAUGAUGUGGGUCUAAUAAAAGUUUGCAUCUCUUUAACAGUGUCCUAUUUUAGUCUCUUGUUGAGUCAAAACAAAUUGCAGAUAGAUUCAUUAUGAUUGGUAAUCACUGGUGUCAUGACUUUGACUGUCGUGGCUUAAUCAACUGGUCAGACUUCUCAAUUACAUCUUUAUGAGGCUAACUUUAUGUCUGGUGUCGGUGUUUAGGUGGUUACUGGUAAAGGUGUUUAGAAGCAGAUUUUACUAUUUCCCCCUCCAGAAAACACUUCAGGGCUAAGGAAGUUAAAAAUGUUGACCCGCUCUAAUUUGGGCAUCCACACUGUUAAACGGUGUGUGUAUAAUGUGAUUGAGAGGCCUGCUGGUAGUGGUAUCCUAUUUGUUGGACAGUGAUGCUAAUGUGUCGCCCUAAUUCUCUGCCGACUAUUUAAAACUUGUACAUGUAGCUCGUGAAAAGUUGUAUUAUAAUCAUUGGAAUCCAUUAUCAUUAGUCAAUUCAUUUUCAUUCGUUUGUCUUAACAGGGUUUCAUUGACCAAAUGUAUGUAAACCGCUCAUUUGUAGCCUGGUGGUGAUCACAGUAAAGAUUGUUGACGAUUUGAUGCACUUACAGUAAGGCAAUUCCAGCUACAGUUUGCUACAUACUUGACUACAUGUAUCAACGAUGGCCAAACUUAUAUUGUCAAUUGAUAUGUAUCAAUUGGAAACCUAUUGGUUGUUCCCCAUGGCAACGAUUGGAAUUGGUGUUCUACUUUAUGUUGAACACUCUCAGGCUACUUGUGAUGCUCUUAGUCUUCACUCUGAUGAUUGGUUGGGUUUGACAGAUUCAGUCACAGUGUGGCCUGUUGGAGCCCACAGAUGUAAAUAUUGAGGUUCAGGGGAUGGAUGGGGUUCUACUUGUAGUACAAGUUAGGUGGUCGGAUUUGAUUGCUUAUAGACUUUGAUCAUUCUAAUAUCUGAAUAACAUCUACAUGACACUUCAAGCUACUAAAAUGUAUCUCCAGGACAAUGGCUAGUGGGUUUUAGUGUGAGUGAUGUAAUCCAGGGUGUGCAAGACUUGAAAACUUACAACCUGCGAGGUUGUUGAACAAGAUGUGCGUUGUUCAAAAACAACGUUGAGUAAAUAACAUGUAAUACGAGUUAGUGGUGUUGCCCAAGUCACAUUUUGAGUCAUUGUCCAGCUCUGUAGGAAUGAUCUUUCUGAGAUACCCUGGAGAUGAUGAGAUUACUGUUGGUGUCGUAACAAGGGUUGGGUUGUUUAUUUUGAUUUUGUGACAUGAAAGAUUUGCUCUGUAUAAUUUCAGUUAAUUUUAAUCCUGUGUUCUUGUUCUAUAUGUAUGUAGUUGUUAUAAUUUGAGAGUGGUUGAUACGUGUAGAAGAGUUGUGCGGAGAUAUCAUGACACACUUUUGUAUGGAGAGAUCAUGAGAAGCGAUGUUAUUGUCAAUGGUUUCGUUUGUCUGCAUUUAUAAAGAGUAUCUUGAAAAUGUCGAGAGCGGACAGAGUGUCAACAACAACAUAGAAGGUUGAUUAGUGGUGAAUGUGAGUCUUAAACUGUAGAAGCUGACAUUGUCCGUUUUACUCUCUAUCACAGGAGGAAUUGAUAUUGGACCCAUAACCUCUGCUUGUGACGGGAAGAUGUGAUUCUAAGGCUGUGUGUGCAUAGACUGGUCCCUUAUGUGGCAUUGUUUCCAAUGUCAAAUCUUGUCAAACGUAGGUUCAUUUUGUGUUGAACUGGAAGUAUGGCACAGGUGCGCAUGGAUACGCAGCCAAAGACAUCCAUUAUCACAUGGGCAAACUGAAGUUCAUCUAUGUUGUGUCAUCAGGAGAAGACAUUUGGCUCGAUGUAGUAAUUCAGGUAUGAAAUGUGAUGAGUCGUUUCAGUACCACAGGAUUUCAUUUGUCUCCACACCUCAAGAUAUGUUUCUACAUCGCUGUAUUAACUUUUUAUUUUUAAACAUGUUAAAAACGAAGUAAAUCAUUUUCCACUUUCGUGUAUUGUACUGUAAAUAACUGCCUGGCAUAGUUAAUAAAAUGAUUAUGCAAGUACUGUA